GUCUCUUGCUAAAAGCUUACAGACCAGUGAAUCCAAUUGGGAUGAAUUAAUUCCUAGUAUUUUAUUUGCAUAUAGAACAUUAAAACAAGAAUCUACAAAAUAUACUCCUUUUUAUCUCGUACAUGGUAGAGAAGCACAACUACCAAUAGAUAUUGAAUUCCAAAAUCAAGAACAAAAUUUCAAUCCAAUUGAAAAUUUUGAAGAAUCCUUGAAUAGAAGGAUUAGUGCUUUAAAGGGAAUAUUUAUUGAUGCUCAAAUCAUUAAUCAUAGAAAUAUUCAACAUGCACAGGAACUUCAAAGGAAUCGGCAACAAAAUUUGAAGAAAGCUCAAACUUAUGAAGUUAAUGAUAUCAUUUUAUUGUAUGACUCUGCCAAACAACAUGUGCAUGGAGAUAAAUUUUCAAUAAAAUGGAAUGGACCUUUUUGGAUACAAUCAAAAUUAGGAAACAAUACAUAUUUAAUUCGUGAUAAAUUAGGAAGGAUACUCCAGAAGCCAAUUCAUGCAGAGAAAAUGAAACAUUACAAACAGAGAUAUCUUGUAGAACCACAUGUUGUAAUUGCCUCUUGA